AUGCAUCAAUCGACCGUGAGCCGUCCUGACUCUCGGGCGUCUCGUCUCGACAAUAGCAAUGCUCGUUACCAGACUCAACAUCAAAGUCCUCAGCGCCAAUCCCAGAACGAUCGACCUGGCUCGUCCGACAGUGAUGCUUCAUCUGUAUCGUCGCGGGUGACCACGCUCAACCGCACCAACGGCCCUCUCCGCUCCCUCAACACUCCUUCCUCCCCCCAUCCCCCUCGAACAUCAUCAAUUGGCAUGAUCAAUGCAAAUGCAAACAGCAGUAACGUCUCUCUCCCCUCGACCGCCCAUUCACGACAAACGGCCGGUUCAAACAUACCACUGAGGCCACCUAACGACCCGGUGUCGAGGAAACCCUCUCCACGAGCUCCGUUACAAGAACUACAAAGACACAGACCACGACAGCAUUCGCAAGGUUUCUUUGAACCGUCGCUACCUACUGCGAGUCUUUCCGACCAUACAAUGACGGCGCUAUCGGCGUCUCAGAUUGCUGCCCAGGCGGCUAUGCAGUCUACUCAGCAACACCACGUGCGGCAUCGAUCACAGACGGUUCCGAUCGAGGAAGGACUAAAAAAUCGGAAGGGUAGUAGAGAUUCUCCGCCUCCAGUUCAUCUGGCCGCCCAUAUAACCACGUCAACAUCAACCACUGGUGCCGGUGCUGGCGUGGGAGGAGGAGCUGGUUUUUACAGCAAUACGUAUCAAAAUGGACUUGUGGGUUCACGCGUGGCUGCAGCUACCACCGCUGCCAAUAUUGCGUUUCCUCGACAGCAGGCAGGUACAGAGGUAGUAGAUCCGAAACAAAAAGCGGAAAAGAUGAGGAAGAAGUUAUUCUCAAAACCAAAGCAUAUCGGUAUAUCGAGCAACAGAGACUGGAUUGGAAGCAGCAAGGACAAAGCGCAGUCGUCUCCUAACAAGCUGGGAUUCGGUAGUUCGAGCGGUCUGUCGAGAAUGGUUAGUGUGUCUACGACAAAUCUCAGCGAGGUGAGCUCGAACAAUUCUUCCAUGUAUAACCUCUCGAAUGCGUCGGCCAGUACAGUGGUACCGGUGGAAAAGGGCGAGAAGGAGAAAGAAAAGGACAAGGAGAAGAAUCACAAACAUCAUUUUCUAUCACGACAGAAACUCAAACUCAAGGACGACCAUCAUAACCUACCAUUAUCAUCCGCCUCCAGCAAUUCGAAACCUCUAGACCCGAAUGCUCCUCAAUCUCUGUACAGUUUUGCGCCAUCUUCGCCCGGACCGUCGUCAUCGAGUUUUCCGAAAUCAGGACUUGAUUUACUUCAUGGAGGUAGGGCCUUGAGGGAGAAAAGACGGGAAGAAAAAGCCAUGGUGUCUGCAUAUGAUGCCAACAGAGAUAGUGCAGAUUCAGAUUGGCCUCUCGGUGCUAGUGGCAAUAUCGGCGGUGCAGCUACACCUUAUGGUAACGCAUCAUUGGGUAAUUUGGGGAGCGUGAUCAGCAGCGACAGCGUCAAAGAGACUCUCCAGGGCUUUGGUUUGCACAAUAUGACAGCAGAAGAUGUAUGGGAUUUCCUCAAGGCUAAACUGUUGGUUAUAUUUGACGGUGGCGACGUGCGUAUUGCUGUGGAGGACCUCAACAAACUCGUGGUCAUACAUAUCCAACUAUGUGUGCAAAAGCAUAUGCCGACUAUCGUGGAAGACCUCCGAGAAUUACUGCAUACGGGGUUUUCUACACUUAACCAUUCGAUUAGUGGCAUCCCGGAUGAAAAGCUCGUCCCUCAUCUUAUGCAGAUUUGGUUACUAGCAUUCGGAACAAUAUUACCCUUCAUUCAAGCAGUCUUUCUUCCCUUGGAUCUCGAAUUCAAAGGCCGCGGAUCAGUGAUGAAUGCCCGUGAAGCCAGAGAAUUUUGGGGCGCCUUGCCCACAAAUAGAGACUCGGAGGAAAGCUCCCUCGGCGAUGAGCUUGACAUUCGCAUGAUUGUUCUGACCGCAUUCCGUGAUACCGUCAUCCUGCAGCGCUACGAAGGACUAAACGCAGUCUUUUCACGUUUAAGUCUAGAUACCAUCAAUGCCACCAUCGGUGCACUAAGCUCUACUUCCAACAGUAGCAGCAGCGGCGGUCGUCCUGGCACAGCAACAUCCCUAGAUCCCACAUACAGCAGCUUUAACUCGCAGCAAUCCUCCCUCCUCAACAUAGCAGGCAGCUAUUCAUCUGACUCUGCAACCGCAAACCGCAGUCGCGCAACAUCCAACACAUCAUCAAACCCGGAUCAACUAAUCUUCCAAUCCUUUACCUCUCCAUCCCAACGCCAACUCCAAACCCUCCGCAACAAUCAGAAUGCGGAUUCAUCGCAGGUCAUCACAGAUACUGUCGGCCGCAUGCUACAAUGUUUUAGCGUAUUAGCGAGCAUCCAAAGCGGCGACGAGGCUCAAGAACGCGUUGAAGCUUUAACCAAGACCUUGAAACACAACUGGCUUGGUCGAGGUCGUACGGGCCGAGACCGAAGAGGAUUCGUCGGAACAAAGAUCAGGCCUGUGAUGCUACCGCGUCAAAAUAGCGAUGAUAGUAAUAGUGACCGGGUGACGAUGACGAAUGGAAAUUCGAAUGGCAACGCAGCAUGGAGAAAUUCAUUGCUAGCGGGGGGUAGGAAUAUGGGUAUGGGUACUGUUGGUUGA